AUGGAUUCCGACGACUCUGACGUAUCGGCCGUUCGUCUCCACCGUCGUCAACCUCCAAAGGAACCCCAAACGAACGCUCGUCUGUUCAACGCGUCCUCCGAUGCCUCCGGUGCCUCCGCCUCGGACGACGACGUGCGUUCCGUGAUCGCGUCCAAACGAGCUCGUAACGAACGUGAAGCCUCGGCUGCUUCCUCCACUUCCAGGAGGACCAUCACCACGCGCGACGGGGGCAAGAUGACCAAGAGGGCUUUACCGAGGUUCUUGGGGGAUGAGGAUGAAGGCGGUGGUCAGAGUUUGGUAUUGGAUGAUUUGUUCGGCGAUUUGGAGCGCGUUCCCGCGUUCAAUAAGGCGACCGAUCGGGAUAGGGCCAAUGCUCGUGACAGGGAGAGGGCGGGGGCGGGGGCGGGGGGAGGGCACAAGUGGAGGUGCUGGCUCCGGUGGAGGAAGAUCCCUGGGCUGAGAACCUCAACGCCAUCGAUCCUGUCGGUGGUUUGGCGUCCACUUUGGACGUGGAGGGGGUUUCGGGCAAGAAGCAACGACAACCUUUGGCCAAACUCAACGACGUUCGACUCCUCGGUCCCUCUGGUUUCCCGAAACUCCUUGACAAAGUUCAAAAAUUCAAGAUCAAAGGUGUCAAGGGGGAGGAGAAGAACGAUCUCAAGAGGGUGUUGAGGAUGUAUCAGUUGUGGUGUCAUCAGAUGUACCCCAGGACCAACUUGACCGAUACGUUGAAGGUCGUCGAAAAGUUGUGUCAUAAGCGGUCCGUGCAGGUGAGUUGGCCGGGGAACGGGCUGUUCGUUCAGGAAACGAAGGGGGGCGGAAAUGGAACUAAGACGUAUUCGUUGUUCACAGUCGGCCCUCAAACAAUACCGAGAAGAACACAAACUCGCGACUCAACCCCCACCCCCCGCCGAAGCCCUCCUCGACACCGAAGAUCAAGAUGGCCAAGCCUUUGACCUGACUCACGGACUCUCAUCGCCCGGUUCUGCCGGCCCUUUGACGAGGUUGAAUGCGGAUGAGGUGUUGAAGGAGAUGAAUGACGGUGAAGGGAUGGAUGGGGCUAUGGAAGACGAUUGGGAUGAGGAGGCGUUCGAAGCCAUGUUGGCGAAUGAAGAGGAGGUGCUAGAGAGUUUGGGGAAGGAGGCGAGCACGAUGGAGACGCAGGGUGGAGCGGGUAUGGAGGUGAGGAAGGAUGUAGGGCUAGCACUGGCUGCGCAGGAGGAGGAAAAUAUCCCGGAUGACUUGGACGAAAAUGAUUGGAUGGACGAUGAGGCUGAAGCGGCGAUGAGGGAGUUGGAGGGAUGA